AUGGCUGCCGUAACAAAGGAGAAUUUUCCACCUAUCGGCCAUGCUGUAUCUGGUUCAGCUGGUGCAAUGUUUGCGUCUACUUUAGUAUAUCCUCUUGACAUGAAUAAAAAAGUGUCCGAUUUCAGCAGCAGCAUGGAAGACGAACAUUAUGCCUCAGCUAUGGAUGGUAUUACACAAAUCCUGCAAAGAGAAGGACUCUCCGGUCUUUAUGCCGGUUUAGGCUCUUCUUUGAUUGGAACGGCGUCUACAAAUUUUACCUACUUCUACUGUUAUUCGUUUUUAAGAGAAAACUAUAACAAACGAUUUAACCCACGAGGAGGUACGCUAUCAACAACUUUGGAAUUGGUUUUGGGCGCUGCAGCCGGAGCCCUUACUACGUUGAUCACCACACCUGUUUCAGUCAUUACUACUCGUCAACAAACAUUACCGCCAAAUGAAAGACAGGGUAUAGUGGAAACAACUAAGACUAUCAUCAAAGAAGAAGGGAUACAAGGUUUGUGGAGAGGAAUUCAACCCUCUCUUGUCUUGUGUAUCAAUCCUGCCAUCACAUACGGAAGCUUUGAGAAAAUCAAGCAGUUUGUACUUGGAGUUUUGAAAUUACCAUUGACGCCAUGGGUCAACUUUUUGGUAGGUGCCUUAUCAAAAACACUGGCCACAGUGGUCACCUAUCCUUAUAUUAUGGCUAAGGUUCGACUUCAAUGGCGCCCAUCGAGAGAAAUGAAGGAUAAAGUGAUUGCAUAUAAAGGAUCUUUUGAUGUGCUUGCUCGUGUGUUACAAACUGACGGAUUCUUUGGCUGGUAUAAAGGUAUGAGCACGCAAAUCACAAAGGCUGUCUUACAACAAGCGUUACUAUUCAUGAUGAAAGAUAUCUUUACAAACUAUACCGUUUUUGCAUUUGCACUCAUUAAAGCUGCUCAAAAGAACAAGUCUGCCUAA